CAGGCACCGCGGCCUCCCGCCGUUCACUGCCGAGGUUGACUCCUGCUGCUGCACUUCCGGCGCCAGGCCCGCAAGGGGGAAGCGAUGGCAGAGGAAACGGGGGAUGAGAAGAAGCAGGUGGCCAAAUUUGAGCUGGAGCGGGAGACAGAGCUCCGCUUCGAGGUGGAGGCCUCCCAAACUGUUCAGCUAGAGCUGCUGACGGGCAUGGCAGAGAUCUUUGGCACGGAGCUGACUCGGAACAAGAAGUUCACCUUUGAUGCCGGCGCCAAGGUGGCGGUGUUCACCUGGCAUGGUUGUACAGUGCAGCUGAGCGGCCGCACAGAAGUGGCCUACAUUUCUAAGGACACCCCGAUGCUGCUGUACCUCAACACCCACACGGCCCUGGAACAGAUGCGCCGGCAGGCGGAGCGCGAGGAUGAGCGAGGGCCCCGGGUCAUGGUAGUGGGCCCUACAGAUGUGGGCAAGUCAACUGUGUGCCGGCUACUGCUGAACUACGCUGUGCGGCUGGGACGCCGACCCACUUUCGUGGAGCUGGACGUGGGCCAAGGCUCGGUCUCUAUUCCUGGCACCAUGGGUGCACUGUACAUUGAGCGGCCUGCAGAUGUGGAGGAGGGCUUCUCCCUCCAGGCCCCCCUGGUUUAUCACUUUGGAUCCACCACGCCUGGCACCAACAUCAAACUCUAUAACAAGAUCACAUCUCGUCUGGCCGAUGUCUUUAACCAGCGCUGUGAGGUCAACCGCCGAGCUUCAGUCAGUGGCUGCAUCAUCAACACGUGCGGCUGGGUGAAGGGCUCUGGGUACCAGGCACUGGUACAUGCAGCCUCUGCCUUUGAGGUGGAUGUGGUGGUAGUGCUGGACCAGGAGCGUCUCUACAAUGAGCUGAAGAGGGAUCUUCCUCACUUUGUGCGUACAGUGCUGCUUCCCAAGUCAGGCGGCGUGGUGGAACGCUCCAAGGACUUCAGGCGUGAAUGCCGCGAUGACCGUAUCCGGGAGUACUUCUAUGGCUUCCGGGGCUGCUUCUAUCCUCAUGCCUUUGAUGUCAAGUUCUCUGAUGUCAAGAUAUACAAGGUGGGUGCACCCACCAUCCCUGACUCGUGCCUGCCCCUUGGCAUGUCACAGGAAGACAAUCAACUCAAACUGGUCCCAGUGACUCCCGGCCGUGAUAUGGUACACCAUCUACUGAGUGUGAGCACAGCUGAUAGCCCCGAUGAAAACAUCUCUGAGACUAGCGUGGCUGGCUUCAUCGUGGUCACUGGUGUGGACUUGGAGCGCCAGGUCUUCACAGUCCUCUCACCAGCACCACGCCCCCUGCCCAAAAACUUCCUGCUCAUUAUGGACAUCCGCUUCAUGGACCUCAAAUAGGGGCUCCACUGGUGGAGAAAAGUAAACUUCCCCAGUUUGUCUCCUUCAUGGAUACAAUGAUUAGGGACUAGAAGGGGAGGAGAUACAGUCUUCUACGCAAGCUAAAUCAGACUGAACCAGGAUGGGAAAAGUGAGAUGCUGCCUUCCAAAUUAAACUAUUGGGAGAAACCAGAGAUGGUGGGAUGAGAAGGUUCAGGGAAUGACUCAUAGGUAGAUGUGCUUUGGAAAAGGUAUGGUUAAAUGCAAUUGUAGAUAAGGUCACUUGUUGUUUACAUCCUUCUCUAAGUUUCCACCCUUUUCUUCCUAAAAUCUCAGGCCUCUUACACCUUCUAUACAGCAGCAGGUUGUUUAGUGACCUCCUGUAGGAGAGGACCUGCAUUGUCUUUUAUAUUUUUUUGUAAUUUUAAUAAAUGUUCUGGUCUUUU